AUGGUGGACCUGACACCUGGUAUUACCCAGAGAUAUUCUCAUGUGUCCACGCAGUCCUCAGGGGGCGUCGAAGCCACGGGUCCCCCAUUGAUGAUAAAGCUGACAGUGAAACUAGAAGGACUUCACUCUGAGGUAUUUAUCAGCACCAGAAAAGGCUCCUGGGUCUUGAGCCGGAUCUCUGAAGAUGGUUAUCCUUGGGACUCUGUGUUCCACACUAGAUUCAGCUCCAUGCUCCGGAACGUUCUGCCACGGGCCAUUGUCAAAUGGAUGUUGGAGCAACAGAUGAAUCGGUGGUUCAACCACGAAAACUAUGGUCUUCAGCCUCAAAACAAGUACCUCCUGAAGGAACCCGUCCUGAAUGAUGACCUCCCGAGCCGCAUCCUCUACGGAGCUGUCAAGGUGAAACCCAGGGUGACAGGGCUCACCGAGACCUCCGCCAUUUUUGAGGAUGAGACGGUAGAAGAGGACAUCGAUGUCAUUGUCUUCGCCACAGGAUACACCUUCGCUUUCCCCUUCCUGGAAGAGUCCCUCGUCAAGGUGGAGGAUGGCAGGGUCUCGCUGUAUAAACACAUGUUCCCCCCGCAGCUGGAGAAGGCCACCCUGGCGUGCAUAGGUCUCAUCCAGCCCCUGGGGUCCAUCUUCCCGACCGUUGAGCUGCAGGCACGCUGGGCGACACGCGUUUUCAAAGGCUUGUGCAGCUUGCCCACAGAGAAGACCAUGAUGGAGGACAUCGUCACAAGGAAUGAAAGAAGGAUUGACCUGUUUGGAACCAGCCAGAGCCAGAUACUGCAGACCAAUUACGUCGACUACCUGGACGAGCUGGCCUCAGAGAUAGGUGCGAAGCCAGACUUGGUCUCCCUUUUCUUCCAAGACCCCAAGCUGGCGCUGAAACUCUAUUUCGGGCCCUGCAACUCCUACCAGUACCGCCUGACUGGGCCUGGGCAGUGGGAAGGAGCCAGGAGGGCCAUCCUCACCCAGAAGCAAAGGAUCCUGAAGCCCCUGAAGACCCGGUCUCUGAAGGCCUCAUCCCCUCUCCCCGCCUCCCUCCUGCUGACCAUGAUGGGGCUUCUGGCCAUCGUCACGGCCCUGUUUUUCCACAUUUAGUGGUUCUGAUCUAUGCCCAAGACCACACAGCAGGGCUUGAGAUGGAGCUCAAAUCACAGCCCAGGUUUGUGGCUCUAUCAUCUUGUCAGUCAGUGCCUCUUAAAGAAAACCAAGACUAAAAGGAAAUAUCAUCAUAUUCUAAAUGUUAGAGUCAGGAGGAACCAGUUAGUGGGGUAACUGUGGGGAAUUAGGAGAAUUAGGUCUAUACAUAAAACAAGAUMGUGGCAUGAAAUCUCUUUCCCAUUCCACCUUCUCCUCAAGUUCACCAGGCUCCAAAAAGUACCAUAAAAUACCACUGAUCCCCAGGUAGUUAGGGUCACGAGCCUUGGGGAGGAAAUGGUAGAAAUUACACAAGCGGAAAGCAGCUCGCUGGCUUAAAUAACUGAAAAACGUAAACUGUGGUCAACACUUACAGCUCCUGCACAGCGCACUUGACCAUGUUCCUACGCGGGCUCUUUUUGGUACCAAAGUUCUCAGAUACUAGGUCAUGCUCAAAAAUGCUGGAGGAAACAAUGAGAGGACAUACAGAAAAGCACACGAUGCUCAGAGAGACCUUGAGCCUCAAAUUGAAAGCUAAACCAACAGCCCAUCCCCUGCAUUUGACAGCAAAMCUGCUGCAAAAAUGUUCAAAAAAGAGCAUUCCAUGACAGCUAGCUAGAGUAUUUCCCACAGACCAGAAACUGUGCUGUGUGCACAGCUUAUGUAUUGCUUUAUUUAACUCUCACCACAAUUCCAGGUAGGGACAGCUAUUCUACCCAUUUACAGAUGAUAAAACUAAGACUUAGAGCAGUUAUAAAACCUGCCCAAGACCACACAGCUGGGCUUGAGAUGGAGCUCAAAUCGCAGCCCAGGUUUGUUGGACUUUCAACUGAAGAUCCUGUUCUCAGUCCAGAAUAUGCUUUUUCACAAAAAUCUGAUGAAGGGCUUAUCAAUAUUUAAUGCUGUUUAUUAUACUAUCCAUGUUAGUUUGGGGGACCUCUUCAUGGACAACAGUACUCUCCCCUUGCAGAUAUGAUCAGAUUAAUUUUAUUUACAAUGUUUAGUUUAUAUUUCAGGUAAAUCAAGAAAGCAUUCGAGUAUAUUUUAAAAGAACAAAAUUUUAAAAGGCAUUUAAAGGAAUUUACUGUAAAGGAUCCUAUGAAAAAGUAGGAAUCAGUGAAGAGAAGGAAAAGUGCGUCUCACAGGUCGAUGGAAAGCUUGGUGAUGGCUGAGCCUUGAGCCUGGCGCUGACCUCACAGGUCACCAAGACAACAUGCUGAAUCGCACAGAACCCUUGGCACCCRAUAAGAGGAAGCCAUCCAUUAGUUAGGGGAGUCAGACCUUUCCUUGGAACUAAAGCCAAAACACACACCAUCAGUUCAGGGUUAAUAAACAUUGAGCAACAUGGCAAACAUUGAGCCAGGGAACCUUCGCUCUAGCAUCUCUUUCAUGAACUGCGCUUUGGCAGAUAAGCAGAGCCAUGAGCCCAGACCACGAGAGGGCAAAGUGCAGACGUGUUGAAGACUCGGGCAGAUCUCUUCUCUUUAUUCCUCCAGAACUUUGUGGACACUGUUCUUGAGUUUGGCCUGUGUUUCUCUCUGAAGGGCCUGCAACCACGUGAAGGGAGCCUCCAUCAGCGGAAACUUUCCUUCACAUUCAUUGAAAUCACACCAGCAUUGACACCCAAUUUUUUUUCAUGGCUCUUAUGAGCAAAUUCCUUUUUUUAAUCACAAAUGGUGUAUAUAUGUAGCUCUGGAUUAAAAACAGAUUACUUUGCCGAUUAUUAAAGGCAAAUACGCCUUAAGAGCCAAGGUCAGCAACUGCCGCCCCAGGCCCCCCAGCCCACCACCUGGGUUGGCACGCGGUUUCACUGGCGCACGGCCCAUCUAUUCAGUUAUUGUCUGUGGCUGCUUUGGGGCUUCAAUGGCAGASUUGAGUCCUUGUGUAGAAAACGUGUGGCCCCAAAAAGCCUGAAACAUUUACCGUCUGACCCUCUCAGGAAAAGUCUCCAGCUCCUACCUUA